AUGGAAGCCUCCGCAGGUGAUGACAGGGACCUCCGGGGACCACCGCCCCAGCGGUGUCGCCGCGGCCCAAAGGGCCAAGUGUUGCUGAUCUGGGCCAGGCAGCUGCAGCAGCGACUGCAGAGGCGCUGCGCCAAGCCGGGCCGGAGCGGUGAGAGCCGCCGGCGGGGCUGCGGAGGGCGAGUGGACUCAGCAGGGGAAAUGCCACUUCCACCUCUGUCCCGGAUGAAUGGCUGUCUUUGGCCUCCCAGGAGACUCUCGGCUCCAUCCAGAUCCUGCCUCGAAGGAUUUUUAUUUGGAAUUAUGGGCCAAGGCACAUAA